AUGUCCCGAGAUCCAUAUCGCUCGUCCGCCGGCGAUCUAGGCUAUCGCAGCCGCGGCGGGGAACGUUGGGAUAGCGAGCGCUUCGCCAUGGAGCGAGACCGCGAUCGCUUUGGCAGAGGAGAACGCGACCGUUUCGAGGAACGUGACACUCGUAUCGUCACCCGCGGGGGAGGAGGAGGGAGCGGGUUCGGCCGUCCUCGAGAGCGAUCUCUUGACGAAGUCUACGAGCAUGACCGUUUUAGCCCACGAGGAGGCUACGAAGACGAUAGAUAUGAGAAACGAGAGCGGGACUAUUACGACGAGCCGAGAUUUGAGCGAGAGCGACCACCUUGGGAAAGGGAGAGGGAGAGGGGACCGAGUAUCACGAUUGAGAAGGAGAGGGAAAGGGAGUAUUUUAGCCCAUCCCCGCCUCCUCGUCGAGCGCCGAUGAGACCUGGGAUUUUGAGGAGACAGUCGAGCUUAGAUACCUUUGACCGGAAGAAUACUUUGGCGAGGUUCCAAGAGAGAGAGGAGUAUGGACCUCCCGCGAGAUAUAACCGAGAGGAGAUGAGACCACCGGCUUUGACCCCUAUCCCGCUGCCGAAAACGAGAGCCUUAGGUCCACCUCCCAGACGAUUCGAAGAAAGGGAGUCCUACGAUGAGAUUAAGGUGGCAGAGCCAGACUUCUAUGGCGACGAAGACUUCAGAGGAUAUCCAGAGCGUGUCCGUGAGAGAGAAAUUAUCAGAAGACGGCGACGUAGCAGGAGCCGGAGCCGAAGUCGAAGCAAAGAGAGUAGGCCAGCUCGCAGUGUUAAGGGGAGUGUUAUGGGCAGCAGUCGUAGCUCUUCGAGCGAUAGCUUUGAGACAGUCAAAAGCGAAUUCCCGAAACGGGGAAAGACCAGAAUGCCUGGACGUCUUGUUGACAAAAGGGCAAUCAUAGAUUUGGGAUAUCCUUUUGAAGAAGAGGGUGAAACUAUCAUUAUUAUGAAAGCACUUGGCCGGGAAAAUAUUGACGAAGUCAUCAAACUGAGCGAAGAUUACAAGGUUGACAAAGUCGAAAUGCACGGAGGCCGCUCACAAGCCGGAACCAUGGUUGAAGAACACCGAACAGAAGUGUUCACCGUUCCAGCACCAGCACCACCGCCACCGCCACCACAAUUCUACGCUCCCCCUCCACCCCCUCCACAGGAAAUCGAUAUUAAAGAAACCACUAUCAUCGAACAACACCGAUCCCCAUCUCCAGCAAGAUCUACACGCUCUCACCGUUCUCACUCCCGCUCCCAUUAUCACCCCAGUGGCCCCGUUAUCAUCGACGCCGGCCCACGUGAUGAAUCUACCUUCGUCGAGCGCAAACGCGAAAUAAUCGAGCGCUCAGACCCCAUUCCCGUCGGGCCCCUCGCGCUCGCCCUCCCAGCAGAGCGCCACCGCUCCAAAGAUGAACGCUCUAUUCGCGCUGAGAUCAAGGCACUCGAAGCCGAGAAAGAAGCUCUCCGAGCCGAGAAACGUGCUGAGAAAGAAAUGCGCAAGGCAGACCGUAUCCGCCGUGGAGGCCACAGCGGCCGCGUCUCAGAGACCGAUCUCGUAAUCUAUGAUAGAGAGAGAGAUAGAUAUGAUGAGGAGGUGACCCUUGUAAGGCGAGAGAAAGUCUCUGAGCCUGAAGGAGGUGUGAGGAUUGAGAAGGACAAAAAAGGUAGGAUGGCCAUUAGCGUGCCGAAAUACGUCUGA